AUGUUCGGACACAUAUACAUAAAAACAAAUCUGCCAGCAAUAAAAAACUUUGGAACACUAGCUACCACACAGUACGGUGAAAAAAUCGAACGUCGAACAUCGGCAUAUGGAGAAAGCCAUAUUGAAAAACAACCACCUAAGUUCAACAUUGGACAACCAUGCAGGUUUCAGAUGAAACCUAAGUCAAUAUGGCAACCGGCUACGGUAGUAUCGAAAACAUCUGACAGGAACUACACUGUUGAAACACCCUCUGGCAUACAAUACACCAGAGACCGGGUAAACAUCAAACCGGAAAAAACCUAUCCAAAACCACAACAAAACCCAACUAACCAAGGAAGCGCAAUCAGUCCAGACACAGCACCAGAAACUGCAGCACAAAGCGUUAAUAACAAUAGUGCUAGUCUGGUUCAUCUAUUCCAGUUCUUACUGUAUUUGGUUUUACUUCUGUUGCUGAGUGUACCUAAUGUAUAUAGCCAGUCAGUUGUAACAUUUAAUGAAGUGGCCAAAGAAGGUAAUAGUGUAGUGGUGAUACCGUGCAACUAUUCACAAGUUACUAAUACACCUUUGGCUAUUAUAUGGAAGGAAGUAAAUGACACUGGAGAAGCUAUUAUUGUAAAUAAUAAAGACACUGUAAAUGGACGUUACAGCUUAAGAACAACUCCUGGGAAUGCUGACCUGGUUAUUACAAAGCCAGUUAGGAGUGAUACUCAGAAAAGGUUUCAAUGUCAGAUACUGACAAAAAGCGGGGAGUCCAUAAAUUCAAAUCUUUCCAUCCUCACUGUAUAUUACCUAGAUGAGCCUGUACUGUCUGCCUCAGCAAGCAGUGUCUAUGAAGGUAAACCAGUGACCUUGACCUGUAAACCUGAUGGUGACCCGCACCCUAGUAUCACAUGGUAUAAAGAUGGACAAGCACUCAGCACCACAGACAGCACUAGAUUUACUACAAGUGAAGGGGCACUUGAAAUACACAUUGAAGCUACAAAUGCAGCUGAUGGUGGCCUGUAUAUGUGUAAAGCUGAAAGUGAUCCAUUCAGAGGAGAAGAUGGAAAAACCAGUAAUCAAAUUGACUUAAAAGUUAUAUAUCUUAAAAUUACAUUUGAAUCAAAAGAUGGCGCUGCAACAUGCACUGCAGAGGGUUAUCCCGAACCAUCUUCUGUAAUGAUUUACAAAGAUGGAAAAAUGAUUGAGAAUGGGACACUUACUACAUCCGUGAAAAUUUACGAAGAGAUUUGUAAAUCAAACAUCACAUGCUAUGCAGAGAAUGGAAAAGUUAAUGCAACAGAACCACUGAAGACCUGUAAAGACCUUGAUGCGCCUGUACUCUCUGCCUCAGUAAGCAGUGUCUAUGAAGGUAAACCAGUGACCUUGACCUGUAGUAAGCCUGAUGGUGACCCGCACCCUAGUAUCACAUGGUAUAAAGAUGGACAAGCACUCAGCAUCACAGACAGCACUACAUUUACUGCAAGUGAAGAUGCACUUGAAAUACACAUUGAAGCUGCAACUGCAGCUGAUGGUGGCAGGUAUACAUGCAAAGCUGAAAGUGAUCAAUUCAGAGGAAAAGAUGGCAAAACCAGUAAUCAAAUUGACUUGAAAGUAAUAUGUAUGUGUAUAUUUUGAUUUUACUGUAUACUUUAUAAGACCUAUCAUCCACGCUUUGUUUAUUCCUGGUCUUUUCCAACCAGUCAUUCAACAUUAUGGUUUAUAAUAGCAAAAAAAUCAAAUUAUUUCACAUUAUGGUUAAUAAUCCAAUGCAUUCCCUAAGUGUUUUAGUUUCAGUAUGUUAUCUUUUGUUCAGGUAUGUGUAUACUUGUUCGUAAGCAGUAAAAUAUCCAUAGAGCUAGUAUAAACAAUCAAUUUCAUUGGUUUAAGGGCAAACUGUAUUUCACAACUGCCUCUGUAGUUUAUUGAUAAGCCUUAUUUUUAGCAACCUGGCACUAGGCCUAUCAUAUCUUGGUGGUUGUACAUGGAGCCUUAAGAUAAUACUGAUAUUUAAAGAGUGGUGCCGUAUCCCUCUUUUUCACCGUUUUUUUUUUUGUUGCUGCGGUAUGGUGCAUUUGUCACGCUUAGGUAUCAAGACGACUGAUUAUUUAAAUCAUGGCCACAUUACCGUAAGUUAUCAUAUCAACACCAUAUUACACUAUAAAUGUUGUAUCAAAUGAUGGUGUGGCUUCAUCACGUUUCCUUUAAUGAUACAAAAAGAUGGGGAAAAGAAUGAAAAAGGGGAACUUACGGCAUCUGUGAAAAUUAAUGAAGAUUUUUGUAAAACAAACUUCACGUGUUAUGCUGAGAACGGUGAGGUUAAUACAACAGAACCACUGAAGACAUGUAACAUAGUUCCAUCUAGUUGUAUAGCCCUGACUAUUGGAAUGUUUUUUGUUGGCGUCCUUGUCGGUUGCUUCGGACUAGCUGCUGGAUUGAUCGGCUACAUUAGGAUUAAACAGAAAUCUGAAGCCAUACGUAGUACCGACACCAGAAAGCAAGAUGUGAGUUUGCAUUUCACAUUAUUUCACCUUGCAACAUUUAAAUGUUUUAAACAAGCUUAUGUAAUAAAAAUUAAAUAUGUUUGAUACAUGUAUAUCAUCUGCCUUAAAUUGCCCUGUCCUAACAUAACCUGCCUUGGUUUACCUAGCCCUGCUUUGGCUUGCCUUAUCUGUUUGCAAUUAUUGUAAUAAUAUUUUUGAUUAUAUUGUAUUUUUAAAAGAAAUCUGAAACCAUGCGUAGUACCGACACCAGAAAGCAAGAUGUGAGUUUGCAUUUCACAUUUACACAUUAUUUCACCUUGCAACAUUUCAAUUGUUUUAAACAAGCUUAUAUAAUAAAAAUUAAAUAUGUUUGAUACAUGUAUAUCAUCUGCCUUGAAUUGCCCUGUCCUAACAUAACCUGCCUUGGUUUACCUAGCCCUGUUUUGGCUUGCCUUAUCUGUUUGCAAUUAUUGUAAUAAUAUUUUUUUAUUAUAAUGUAUUUUUAAAAGAAAUCUGAAGCCAUGCGUAGUACGGACACCAGAAAGCAAGAUACUUACAUGAAAUACAUAGCACAUACCAGUGAUGAGAACCAUACUUAUCAAGAUCUGCAGCACACAAAAGAAGAAACAGCUUACGUUAAUUCCAGGGCGGGAAAGUACCAUCAUAAGUGAACACUUCGUUGCAAGUGCUUGCAGUGAUGUUUGUUUUUUUAUGGGAUUAUGAUUGCAAUAUCUAAAAUGGCAACAUACCUCCGCGAUGUUUGGUAAUACAACACAUGAUUGGAAUAAGUCUGAUGCAGAGCAUGUCAUUAUCUUUAAGUAUUUUAAUACUUAGCAAAAGUAAAACAGUAUAAAAUGACAAGCGUGAAUGUAUUACUCAAUAUACUGUGACAGAUUUAUUUGACAUUUUUUCUUCGAUAAUUACAAUUAAUUUUAUAGAUAAAAUUGCCUAAUAUGUUUUAAUUCUUUGUGUCAGCUAAAGUGAAAAAGAAUUGUAAUUAGAAUUUAGUGUCACAUUUGUUUAGACAUCAAACAUGGUUUGUUUUAGAUUUAUUAGCCAUGACAAUGUUUGUUAAUUAACUUCAUAUAUAUCUCAGCUGAUAGCAUAUUAGGCCUAUAUUAAUUAUCAAAAGAAUUAAUCUUGAUAAGAAUAUACCGCUUGUGUGGAAUUCUUAAACUUUAAAACUAUAAUAUAUUUCACUAUAUUAGAAAAUUACAAUACAACUAAUCAGGGAAUCGUAAUUAUGUGUGAACAUAAUUCAAUCAUAAUUUUACAAGUAUACUAUGUUUGAUAGUAGGGAGCUUUCGAUUUGUUCGACGACGCGACGCUAGAACGGAAUCGCUCAUGCGUGACCGUCCUACCUGGCGUCCUACGUUCUCUACAUACGUAGAUUUACCAAAUUGCGUUCCAGAAUCUACUCGACGAGGACGACCUUAACGUUCUCACAUGCGCAAAUGACUUUAAGUGACGUAAUUACGUUCUACGUCCUACCGUCGUCGUGCAAUCGAAAGCUCUCUAAUAAUGAUAUGCAAUGGCGAAAAGGAGCGACAAUUCGGCUCUCAACCGGAAAGUCAAGGAUUCGAAUCAACUCUUGUUCAAUUUUGUUUAUUUAUCAACUUUGUAGACUUUCUAUGUUGGAUCUGAAUGUUAUGUUGGAUAAUAAUUGAUUCUCUUAAGAAGCUCGACGUAGCCGUUGUUACAUUAAUGUGCUGUUUACACAUAAUACUUUUGUAUUUUAUGAGGAUUGAUAUAAAUAUCGCAACCACAAUAAUAGUGCGUCAACCAGUAGGAAUUCUGAUGAUAAGGAGUUGCAUAGCACUAAUAAAUUUCACCAAUAUAAUGUAUGUCAACAUAAGAUAAAUUAGUAGAAUUGAGCUUAAAUGAAAUCAGCGGCUCAACUUUAAAGCUUACGAUGAAAUUUUGAUUUUAAGCGGAACAUAUCUGAUAUAAGCGAUGGAGAGAGGCAUGUAAGGUCAUGUAGGCAAGGAAUAUCUAUUUUAUUAUAAAAUAUAUCUAAACCCGACUAACUAAUGAUUUUUGUUCAUUCAUUGCAUUGUAAGUGAGAACUGAACAGAAACUUGUCUAAAUUGUUGGUUGAACAGCUUUCUUAAUGCCUUAGAUCUGACAUAUCUGUUGGCUUUAAUCAUUUAUGCAAAUAAUAAAAUAUAAUACAGCUAUCACACAACA